CAAAAAUCACUUCACACACACACAUAGUUAUAAUCCAACAUGGGAAAUUGCUUGUUAGGUGCCACGUCAGAUCCAGACACAUUGGUCAAAAUCAUAACAUCAGAUGGUAACAUCAUGGAAUUCUAUCCUCCAAUUACAGUCAAUUUCAUCACAAAUGAAUUCCAUGGUCAUGCCAUAUUCACAACCAAUGACCAAUUUUCCAAACAACUUUCCCAAUUUGAUGAGUUGGUGGCAGGACAGUCAUACUAUUUACUGCCGAUGACCGUCCUGUCAUCUUACAACAAAGUUGACCGCUCUUCUGUUUCUGCCGCCGCUCUAACCAGCGGCGACAGCCAGAUUAUCCGACAAGGACACAUUAGGUCUCAAAGUGUUCCUACUACUCCUCUCCCGGCACCGUAUAGAAUGUCAUUGGAUUAUCAAUACUAUCAAGGUGUAGGGUUGCUCAAAAGAGCUUCUACAGAGUCUCUCUCUUAUAGGACUAAUAGUGGUAGUGGAAUUAAGAAAAAGAGUAAUAGUAGUGGUAAGAGUAUUGGGGUUUGGAAAGUGAAGUUGUGUAUAACACCUGAAAAGUUAUUGGAAAUUUUGUCACAAGAGUCUCAAACCAAAGAGUUGAUUGAGAGUGUGAGGAUUGUGGCCAAAUGUGGUGUUGCUGCUGCUUCUGGUGGUUGUGGAAUUUCAUCAAGAACAAGCUUUGUUUCUGAUCAAUGGAGUCUUUCUAGUAGUGGUCGGAGUGCUCCUUCUAAGAUUGAUUCCUUAGUUCUAGGCGUUUAAGAGUCUGUUUGGAUUGAUUUAUUUGAGCUUAUUAUGACUUGUGAGAUUGUUUAAUCAGGAGAGCUGAUGAAAAUAGCUUAUUUUCAUAAACCUCUUAUGAAAACUUAUAGCUUAUAUGACAAAAAACUUAUAGCUUAUAUGACAAAAGUUUGACUUUACUUUACCUUUUUUUUUGGUGACUACUUCUCUACCCUCACAUAAAUUGAGGGUAGUUGCCCUAUGCUGAUGUAGCACCAAUGAAAUUCAUCCACGUGUAUUUAAGUCAAACAUAAUUAAUUUCUUACCAUAAAUUAU